UUCAUUUGAGUGGCAGUGAGAAUUGCGACAGUGGGAACUAGCCAUGAAUCAAUUUAGCAUAAUUCUGUUAAUUUCAUUCGCAAAUAUUUUUCAAUUCUUCAUUGGUUUCAGCGAAUGUCGCCGCAUGAUAUGGCAACAAAGGAUGAACAUUGGUGAUGCAUUAAAUUGGGACGGAGAUGAGCUUCCAUGUUCAACUGACUCAUUACUCUUUCCACAAAAAAGUUAUGACAUCAUUAAGUUGUCUAAUUUCACAAUGAAGGAGUUGAUCCUGCCCAAAAGUGGUGGUUUUGUUUUGGAUUCAAAAAUGUCACUCAAUUUUCGUGAACGGGACACAAAAUGUAAGAAAAAUGAGAUGAGGUCAUUUAAAAGUGUCAUUCAAACGCCAUGGCUGAUGUCCAGUAACUGGCAGACAACAAAUGAGAAUGGAAAUGGAAAAGUCAUGACUGCAGCUAUGCCACACGAUGAACGAAUUCCAUGCGACAAUGAUGAAAUCAUUUUUCCCAUCAAUAAUUCAUAUGUCGUUGAUCUUCAAUCAAUUCCAUUAAUGACAUUCAAGAGCAUUGCCAUUGAUGGACGUUUAAUGACAUUAAAUGAAUUUAAAGACUUUCUAUUCACGACAUACGGUCAGUCAUUAUUUAAAAACAUCGACAAUAUACAAUUCAUUGAGAAUGAAGAUUGCAGUUCCAUCAAAUGUGAGCUAUGUCAUCGCAAAGGUGAUUCACUGCGUCAACAACUUUGUGAGAAUGAAAAGCCAUUCUGUCAACCAAUUCCACAUUGUAGUGAUCCAAUCAAGCCAAUUGGACAUUGUUGUAAUGAAUGUGGUGCACUUUUUCAAAUGAAAUUACCCAACAGUGAAAGGAUAUCGACUGGGAUCAAUAGUUUUAAUCUUGAUGAUGUGAGGGGUGACAUAUACAGAGCUAUCAAUUCAGCACUAUCAACAGGUAUUGUUGAUGAGAACAAGAUCGCUUAUCAUAUCAGUGUCACAACAGAAGAGCAUCAACUGUAUUUACAGCUCAUUAUAGUCGAUCGAUAUGAAUAUGAUGAACACAGCACACGAUUAAUGAAACAUUUGAGGAAAGUGUUGCUUGAUAAGAGGUAUAAAGACCAAUCAAAAUUUUAUUUCAUCUCUGGCUUGCCAUUUACGCCCAACGAGAGUGGUCACGUUCUAUCAUUCAUAUUUGGGACAUUUUUCCUUGUGACUUUGUUUAUGACACUGAUUUAUAUCAUCUAUUAUGAUGACAGACACAUUCCACGCUUGAUGGCAAUGAUAAGAAAUCGUCGCUUUAUGCUUCAUUCUGAUGUAAUUUUUGCCCGCUUUGAUAACACAUCACACGCGAACGAGAUGAUGGCCUCGGCAAUGUCAAAUCAUGACGAUGAUGACGAUGCUCAUGGAAGUAUGGAAGUAGAUUUACAUUUUGGUACGGAUCAAAGUAUCGAAAAUGUCAAUCAAGCCUUCAAUAAUCCCAUGUUUGAUGCUACUUCCAAUAUUCGUGAUAAAUCAAGAGACGAAAGUAUCUCAAAGGAUGUUGAUGAUGGCAGUGGAGAUGGGAAUAAUGACAGAAGUGGUAUUAGAGAGGCAAAACUUUGAGUUAUCAAGAGAGAACAGAAGGAGAUGAGGUGAUAGAAUCAGUUUGAAUUAUCGUGUAAAAGUUUUGUAGCUCAAAAAUGUAGAAAUGAUAAAUUUUUAGGAUUAUUCUUGAAUAAAAUCACAUUUGGGGUCAUUGAUUAGUGACGUCAAUUGAGGGAAUUCAAAAAUAAUUGACUCAAGGGUAAAACAACAUGAUGUAAAAAAGUUUGGUUGAGAAAUUUCAUCAAUUUUGAAAGAAAAUUGAUUAAGAACUGUCAAAUCGCAUUAAAAACUGUUGGAAGUUUCCCUCUAAUUUGUUGUCCCCGUAGAAUGACCCCAACCACAAAAAUCAACAGAAAUAUCUUCAUAAACUGACCAAAAAAGGUCAUAAUGACAAUAAAUGUGAGAAAAUCACGUUCAUAGAUAAAGCCAUUAAGUAAAAGUUAAUUAAAUUCCCUUACCUUUCCCCUUACAUCGCCAAUGA